CAGCCGGGGCGCAGAAUGGCCACCCUUUUAAAACGCGGGGUGAUGAGCAUGAUGUUUCCCCCAAAAAAAAACGGGCCGGGAGGGGAAAGCGCGAUCGAGGUUGGCGGCGGCUGGAGACACGCAGCCCCGCGCGGGCGGAGCGGGUUCUCCCCGCGGCGCUGGGGCUGCGCGCGGGGGCGGGGCGGGCGCGGGGGCGCGCGGGGCGGGCGGGCGGGCGGGCGGGGCGCGCGCCGGGCGGAGGGGAGGGGGCCGCGCAGGCGCCGUGCGGGGCUGUCGAAGAAUCGAGCCCGUAGAAGUGGGGCGGCGCGGCGGCGGCGCGGCAGCAGCAGCCCCGGCGGCGGCGCAGCGGCGGGCGGAGCGCGGAGAGCGCGCGCUGGAGAGCGGCGGCGGCGACGCCCGGAGCGGAGGGAGCAGCGCAGCGACCGGGGCCCGGAGCACCGCCUGCCCGCCGCCGCCUCCUCGGCGCGGCAUGCCUCGCCGCUCGGGCUGAGCCUGCCCCCGCGGCCGGCCCCCGCCCCCAGGCCUCCCCGCACUCCGCCGCCGCCGCGACCUGCUGCGCUCGCCCGCGCCCGCGCGGCCCGUCUUCGCCCCGGUCUGGAGGCCCGCCGCCCCGGCCGAGCCCCCGCCAAGGCCGCCGCGCCCGCCGCCGCCGCCGCCGCCCCGCCGCCGCCGCUGUCGGCCAAGGACCUGCUGCUGCAGCCGCCGCAGCUCGGCCCGGAGGCGGCCGCCGCGCGCGCCCCGCAGGCGCUGGAGCGCUACCCGCUGGCGGCCGAGCGCCCGCCGCCGCGCCUGGGCCUCGGCCCCGCGGACUUUGCCGGCUCCGGGGCCUCCCGAUCGGGCCUGGCGCCGCCGCCGCCGGGGACGGUGAACGGCAUCCUGGUGCCCAACGGCUUCGCCAAGCUGGAGGAGCCGCCCGAGCUGAGCCGCCAGAGCCCCACGCCGCGCCGCGGCCACGCCGCGCCGCCCACGCUGGUGCCGCUGGUGAACGGCGCGGCCGCGCUGGGGCUCGGGGGCCGCGCCUCCGCCGCGCUGGUCGCCGUGUCCGGCCCCGCGGCCGGCGGCCUGGGCGCCGCGGAGCUGGCCGUGCACAAGCGGCCCGCGUCCGUGUCCGGCGAGCACGAGCCCCGCGAGGCCGCGGCUGCAAAGGACAAGGCGCCGCCGCCGCCGCCCGCGCACCGCGGCCCCGCCGACGGCCUGGGAGCCUCCGGGGCCGGGGCCGGGCCCGCGGAGCUGGGGUCCGAGGCUGCAGCAGCGGGCAAGGGCCGCGCGCCCCCCCCCGGGGACCAGGACUGGGUGUCGCGGCCCAAGACGGUGCGGGACACGCUGCUGGCGCUGCACCAGCACGGCCACGCGGCCGCCUUCGAGGGCAAGUUCAAGAAGGAGCCGCCGCUGAGCGCAGGCAGGUUGCUGGGGUUCGAGGCCGGCGGGGCCAGCGGGUCGAAAGCAGUGGCCAGAACAGCGAGGAAAAGGAAGCCCUCCCCGGAGCCGGAAGGGGACGUGGGGCCCCCGAAGAUCAACGGCGAGGCCCAGGCGUGGCUGUCCACGUCGGACGGGCUCAAGAUCCCCCUGAACUCCACCUCCUCCUCCUCCUCCUUCGUGUCCCCGCCGCCCCCCACCGCCUCGCCCCAUUCCAGCCGCACCACCACGCCGCCCGACGCCGCCGCCCAGAACGGCCAGUCGCCCAUGGCCGCCCUCAUCCUGGUGGCGGACAACGCGGGGGCCAGCGGCCACGCCCCCAAAGAUGCCAGCCAGGUCCACUCCAGCAGCGCCCGCCGGAACAGCACCAGCCCGCCCUCGCCGUCCGCCGUGAACCAGAGAAGGCUGGGGGGCCCCCGGGAGGCGGGGGGCACGGGCGGGGGCGGCCUGGAGCCCGCGCCCCCCGCCGGCCUCCCGGACUCCUCGCUGGCGGCCGGCGCCCCGCUGUGCUGCACGCUGUGCCACGAGCGGCUGGAGGACACCCACUUCGUGCAGUGCCCCUCGGUGCCCUCCCACAAGUUCUGCUUCCCCUGCUCCAGACAGAGCAUCAAGCAGCAGGGCGCCAGCGGCGAGGUGUACUGCCCCAGUGGGGAGAAGUGCCCGCUGGUGGGCUCCAACGUGCCCUGGGCCUUCAUGCAGGGCGAGAUCGCCACCAUCCUGGCCGGCGACGUGAAAGUGAAGAAGGAGCGGGACUCGUGACUGCCCGGACUGUGUCUCUCUCUCCAUCUAUAUAUAUAUACAAACAUAUAUAUAUGUCUCUCUCUCCGAGACAAGGGGAAAAUGUAGACUUCAUCAACAUGGGUGUAUAAUUCCGAUUUCUUUUUUUUUUUUUUGGAAUACAUUGUGUUUCUAUAUAUAUAUAUAUAUUUUUUUUUUUUUUUUUUUUUUUUUUGACAACGACAGGUAUGUACUUAUUCGAGGCAUUUCCUCCUCACGUGACCGUUCCUCGCCGCGCUCUGUGCGUCCCGAUCCCGGUGACAGGGACGACCGUCCGUCCGGUGUAGGCUGUGACUCUCUCGCUGCUUUGUUAGAGCACUUGGCAAACCCCCACCCCCCCAGAACCGCUUCUAGCCGUGAUGUGUGAUGCACUUACUUUAAAAAGGAAAGAAAGAAAAAAAAAAAAAAAGCCGAACACAUCCUCUGACGGCAUAAGAUUGGCCUUACUGUCUGUCAUUCCGUGUGGCUGGCCCCCGUCUCAGGCUGGAGGCCGACGGGGGGAGGAGGAGAGGGAGUGAGGGAGAUGGCACCGCUGUGAGGCGGGCACACCACCCCUGGGCAGCCCCCCAAAAAAACCCGCUGUCCCCCAGAAAGGAAAGGGGAGGAUGGAUGGUUGUGAGUCUUGUCUUUGUUUUGCUUUUCAAGUUCUCGGUUGUUGGUUGAGAUGUUGAGGAUUCUGCCUGGGGGUUGAGGACUCUGCCUGGGGGUCGGGGGUUGCUGCUGAGAGAUUUUGGGGGGGGACGGUGUGGUUUGGAGGGAGCCUUCUCCAUAUUGUUUAAGGCCACGUUGGCCACGGCUCCCUCGCUGCCCGCGCCAUCAGUUGUGAGGUUUCUGACGCUGCAUGCUCGUCGGUUACAUAACAGCCGGUGGCGGCAGGCGCUGUGCAGAUGGCACUGCCAUCUCCCCCGGGGCCUGGCACCGCCUCCUUGUAAACACCCCGGGCUCAGCUCUGCCCUUGGGAAUCGUGGCCGUAGGGAUCCCAGUCCCAGUGAACUCUCGGAGAUGAUGGCAGGGGUUGGUUUCGUUUCUGGUCUGUGUUGUGUUUUGUUGCGUUUUUUUUUUUUUAUUAUUAUUAUUAUCGUUCACCUGUAGCUGUCGUUGAUAGCAUCACCCACAACCCCGCCUCUUGCAGCCAGCCCUGGUGCAGACGGAGCCCCAGCGCCCGGUGACGGCCCAGCGGGGGGCGGGGGACCUGUCACUUCCUCUGACCUGUGGAGGAGAACACGGUCCUCUGGGGAGGGGGGGAGGGUAACCCCGGACAUCCAGAUGUUUUCCCCGCAGGCCCCUCCUCGCAGCUCCUCCCAGAGCCUUUUGUAAACUAAUUUCUUUUCGUCACUACUUUGCAUCCGUGAAAUGAUUCUUUUUUUUUAAAAAAAACACACACACACACAACAAAUCACCCGGGAAUAGUAGACGUAGUUGUCUCCCAGCGAUGCUGGUUUUUCUCUCUCUCUCUCUCGUGCGGUGUUCACCAUCCCUAGAGGCCCUUUGAUGUUCAGGUGCGUGUCGCUGGCCCUGACGUCGGGCUGGAUCAUCGUGUUCCAGGUCUGUUGACAGCCUCGCGUGGUGGUGUGUGUGUCCACAGCCCGGCUGCUCCCUGCAUCGGAGCACAUGGUUGCUAGCUACCCCCUGGGGGUUCUUUUUCCGUCGAUGUAUUUUCUGUCUUUGGGAAAGUGCUCAAAACAAAACAACACACAAAAAAAUUUUUUUUUUUUAACGGUCGGGUUAUCAGGAACCCUUACAAAAUAACAAAACAGAUACUGCGCCAAAUACAGUCUCUUUCCCCCCGUCGUUUUUAACGCGUGCCCCCUUCUUGCUAUUAUUGUGCAGAUUCGUUCGUUUCCCAAGGCCUUGUGAGACGGCCAGCAGACUUGCAUGCUCAACAAGUUUGUUUCUUCUCCUUUUUUUUUUUUCUUCUUCAAGUCGGAGUAGCUAUGACUCAGACCCAACCGGCUUCUCUUAUGUAACGUCCGCAGGCGGGCAGCCUGUGUCCCUCAGAGACGCGUGCAAAGAAUCCACACGACGGUGGCCUGUUGUAUAGACGUGGACCCGGGCGCUUGAUCCCCAGCUGGAGUUUGAGCUCAGAGAUGGUACACGUCGCUCCAGCCGGCGUGUGACCUAAUUUGUGGGAGCUAUCUGUUAUGGUUUGCAAUCUCGACACAGAUAAGCUUAAAAAAAAAAAAGAAGAAUGUUCUAGAAUGUUCUAGAACCGUCCUGCUGCUGUUCUGUGUCCGUCUAUCCAGCUGUGGAAAAGACAGCCUGUGGUGGUUUUUUUUUUUUUCCUGCUGAUGGUGAACGGGGUGUGGGGGUGGGGAAAGACAGCCAGCAGCCUGUCGGGGCUGUGUUUGGAUGGAGGUGACGCCCCAUUAAAAAAAAUAAUAAUAAGAUUUGCAUGAGUCUGCCUGGCCCCUGGGUGGCCUCUGCGGGAGACUGGCAGCUGGAAAGUGUUGAUCGGAGGGGUUAUUUUUCUGGCUUUCCGUGA